AGUCGCAUCCGAAUUCCCGGGCUAGCUGUCUCCACUCAGUUUACUCCGAGAUUACUAAUUAUUGCCGACAGGUACUUGAAGUCUUAAGUGAACAUUUUACCUUCGGUAAUUCGGGGUAGCGGUUCAUUUUUACCAUGAAGCCAUUUACUGGGAUUUCAUCUGUCGAAAAUGGACAUCCAAUUUUAAAAUAUUCGAUGAUAGCCAAACACGUCAACCACGCGAAGCGUAGACCUACUACAACAGCACUACUUUUCAAGACGUGCUCCAAUUCUCCGGUUCCAAUGCCGCAGAAAUGGUCACGCAAUCAUCAAGAAGGACCGGACCCACUACAACUAGUGAGUGGUGAUGACAACAACCAGAAGUAAGCCGCUGCCCACGUUUUCUUCCUGUAUUCUCUUCUCUUCUCUUCUAUGUACUAUGCAGCUCCCGAUACUUACAGCACAGAAGAGUUGGCGUAAGUGAAAACUUCAAUCAUCAACAGUUAAAAGUUAUUUUGAAAUAUCGUAUCUAAAUUUUCUCUAUCCAGUGUUAUUCGAUGUCUGCUUUCUCAUAAACAAUAAAUAAUAUAAACUUAACUGUACGUUUAUAUCUGCAUGAAUUAUUGAAAUCUAAAUAAUAAAAAUUUACUCAGAAAAAAUGAUUCCACAUAGAAAUUAUUGUUGUAUAUGUUUGUCUAAUGAUAUCCAUGACUUUCUCUGGCACCAGGGCGGCACCACUUUGGUAUGAUGUAAAAUAUUUGACAGGUUUCAUAGCGGGGAAGUUAAUUUGUUUAAGUGUACAUAGAGAUAAUGAUUUCUUAUACACUACACAUUGAAUAAAACUACUUUCACGGAUUCCCGACGUAUUAAAGCACCUGAAACGUCGGGAAUCAAUUAAAAGCAAGUUAUGUAAUUAAACGCGCUAGAAAACGUAAAAGUAGUUUUAUUCAAGUGUAGGGAUAUUAAUGUUCCUUUCUUAAAUAUAACUAUUACUCUAUUUUAAUUUGAUUAGAAAUGGAUAAACCAAACUACGAUUAUUCGUAAGCGUAGUGGAAUUAAAUAAGGUAAAAAUGUGUAAAAAAUUUAAGAAGACAGCACUUAGGCAUUAUUUUGUGAAUGUACAUACACUGUGUGACCAUCUGCGUGACAAAUAUGUUCACCUCACCUCAUUGAUAUUGCAGCAGCUGAACAUUAAUUUGUUACUAUCAGGUGUUUUUGUAUUCGUUUAAAGGUAGAGCUAUGUUACGAAUCUUAUCUUGUUGAGUAACGAAUAUUUAUUUGCUAUCGUUUACUUUUAGAUGUGUUCGAUAGUCUGUUAUAUCGAUAUAUUUAUUUGUCAACUAUGUUAUACUUUAAAUCUGUAUGAAAAAAUUAUUUUGUGAAAUCUGUUUUUAUGUCACAUGAUAUAUCACACAAUGUUGCAACAAAUUCAGUUUCUGAAAUUGCAACUACUGCACUGAUGUUCAAUUUUUUUUAAUAUUUUCUUCCAAUAUAUGGAUACAUUUAAUUUAAACUUAAAAACAAAAUACUAAAUAUAAUUUAAACAUUAAAUAUGCAUUUCCUUAACAAUUCUUAUACUUUUGUUAAAUAAUAUUUUCCAUAAAAUUACAACCAAACUUCAAAAAUUUCUAACUUAAUAUGAAAUUUCAUCUGACACGUUCUUUACCUAUGAAAUUGUGGUUUACUUGAACUAGCCAGUUUGAAUUGUAAUAGAUAUGGUAUUAUUAUUUGGAAUUCUAAAUUCAAAAAAUUUUUACAUUUGAGGCAUCUUUUCCUUUUUCAAAGUCAGUGAUUUAUUUGCUUCUUCGGGUUUUGAUUUUCUGUUAUGAUUAUUAUAACCAUAGACUCUUUUGUUAUUUCAAUAUGCAUUUUAUAUAUUUAUAUUAUUACUAGCUUUUUACCCGCUGCUUCGCUCGCGUGGUUUUCUUUUUUAGAAACAUCAUUAAAUGUAUUCCACGCCAAAUUUAGUAAAGAUCGAUCACUUUUAGAGUCAAGUCGGUGUCUGUGUGUCUAGAAUCUAGAAUUUUUUGAAUUCCCAAAGACUAUUGGACCUAGAUGAUUGAGGGACAAGUGCAAAAAUAACUUUUUUAGAAUUACAUUAAUAUCAUAUUAUGUCUAGAAAUAUCUACAAUUUUUUUUUAUAUUGGUCGUGUCUUCCGAUGUAUCUAUCCAUAACAAAGAUAAAUUGUCUUGGAAUCCAAAUUUACUAUUAUUAUUUACUCUUUACAUUCAUUUAUAAUUUAUUUUUAUCAAAAUAAUGAUGAAUUCAUGGUCUUAUAUGCGAUAUUUGAUUCAUAUCUUUGUUUCCAUUUAAUAUUGAUUGGCACCAUAAAAUAGAUUCUGAUUUUUUUUCAACGUUCGAGUAGACUUCAAAAUUUCAUAAAUGCAGUUCUGAUAAUGAUGAAUACUACACAUAUGAUAAAAUAAAUUGUAAUAAAUCACGUUACAUUUUAACUUCUAUUUAAGCGGGUUGUACAAAAGACAUCUUUGGAAGAAAGUUCCAUAAAAAUUUGCGUAAAACAACAUAUUGCUGAUGUGAAGCACCGACGCUCCGAGAAGUCUGAAAGUGUGUCAACAUGUUGAGUAUCGUCCCAACUAUUAUAUCAGAUCUGAUAGACAACAAAUAAACCCCCACCCCCCUCUCCAUGGGUUCUGUAUAUUGCCCGAAACGUCAUCAAUUAUAAAAGUUAAAAUUAAACACGCUAAAAUCCUUAUGAUUACUUUUAUUACAAAUGAAGUUCUAUUCGCAGUGAACGUGGGUAGAACUACACUCAUGAUCGAAAGCAGAAAAAUAUUCGCCUCGUUGUGGCGGCGAAAGAGAAUCCGCCACCUCAUAUCGUUCCGUGUGUGUCCUAAGAGGCGAUAGAGGAAAACAAACAGGAGAUGGGGAACAUCAUGUUCCUGACAACAGUUCAAAAUUAUAAAUGCUGCGGAUGCCAACCUGCCUGCCAAGCGUGGCAACUAUAGCAAAUAUCCAGCCUAUUUGACAAGUUAUGGGGGAGACCUAUGUUCAGUUCAAUGAACUUUUGAUAGGUUGUAAUGAUAACGGUGAUGAGUUCUCUUCCUUCGAAUCUUUGCUACCGUUAAUAUUUACGGUAGUGUGAAAACAAAAACGUAACAUCUCCGAAAAUAUAAAUGAUAUAAAAACAGCAUAACUGCCCAUUAAAACUAAAAAAGUAGCGACCUACAUACAUGUCACUACUGGGCACAGGCCACAGAGCUUUUGGCCAAAAAAAGUGCUAACGCUGGAUCACCUCAGCUGGGGAACUUCUCAGAUAUUCAGGUUUUCUUUCACCGCCGAGAACGUGGUAAAUCGACACUUCAAAUUGCAUUUAACAUACAUUUAAAAAUAUAUAUUAAUGGUUAUGUACUAUGAAAUUUACCUAUGCCUUUGACAAGUAAAAUAAAAUAUAUCUUUGUUUAAGUAAAAUCUGCAAUCUUCGAUAUUUAAAGUAUUUUUUCGCAACAGCCUAGUACGGUUUUCGUCGGGGUCGAUCAGCAGGUGAUCUUCUAAUUUACUUAACUCAUAGAUGGGCGGAGGCAGUAGAGUCCAAGGGGGAGGCAUUGGCCGUUAGUUUGGACAUAGCGAAGGCCUUCGAUCGGGUCUGGCACAAGGCGCUUCUUUCGAAGCUUCCUUCCUAUGGGCUUCCCGAUAAAUUGUGCAAAUGGAUCACCAGUUUCCUUGCUGAUCGGAGCAUCAAGGUCGUAGUAGACGGUGCAUGCUCUGAUUACAAGCCUAUCAACGCUGGUGUUCCACAAGGCUGCGUGCUAUCACCAACGCUGUUUCUCCUGCAUAUCAAUGAUAUGUUGCUAACUGGUAGCAUUCAUUGCUAUGCAGACGACAGCACUGGGGAUGCCUUAUAUACCGGCCGUGCCAAUAUUUCUCGGGAAAACGUCGCCGAGUACCGGGACAAACUUGUGUCUGAAGUCGAGUCUUUGCUUAACAAAGUCUCGGAUUGGGGCCGACUAAAUCUAGUCCAGUUCAAUCCCCAGAAGACACAAGUUUGCGCGUUUACCGCUAAAAAGAACCCCUUUGUCGUAUCUCCUCAGUUUCAAGGCACUCCCCUUGCUGCCUCAGCCAGUAUCGGAAUCCUUGGUGUCGACAUAUCGAAUAGCGUGCAGUUUCGUGGUCACUUGGAAAGGAAGGCCAAAUUGGCCUCUAAAAAGCUUGGCGUGCUCAGCAGAGCGAGACAGUAUUUCAUGCCGGCACAUCGCUUGCAACUUUACAAAGCGCAAGUUCGGCCCCACAUGGAAUACUGUUCUCAUCUCUGGGCCGGGGCAUCCCAGUGCCAGCUCCUUCCACUUGACCGCAUCCAGCGCAGAGCGAUUCGAAUCGUCGACGACCGAGUUCUUUCCGAUCGGCUCGAUACACUGGUACUGCGUAGAGAUGUUGCAUCUCUUUGCGUAUUUUAUCGCAUCUAUCACGGGGAGUGCUCUGAGGAAUUGUUCGGACUAAUUCCAGCCGCUCAAUUUCACCAUCGCACGUCGCGACAAAGCUCGCGUUACCAUCCAUACCAUCUGGAUGAUUGGCGGUCCACCACUGUGCGAUUUAGAAGAAGUUUUCUCCCUCGCACAACUUCUUUGUGGAAUCAAUUACCACCAGCGAAUUUUCCGAACCGAUACGACUUAGGAACCUUCAAGAAAAGAGCUUACACCUUUCUAAAAGGCCGGCAACGCAUCUGCAAUUCCCCUGGUGUUGCGGUUGCUCAUGGGCGGCGGUAGUGAGCCGCAUGCUCGUUUGCCCCAUAUUCU